CUGCAGACAACAGACAGCAGCAGCGGAGGCACCAGGCGGACUGACCGACUCCUCCUGCACCGAGCACCGGGCUGAAGCUCCUCUCUGGUGAGACUGAGGCGGAGGGAGGAUGAAGAAGAGCAACCAGAGAGGACGGGGCGCGCAGGACUCGGGGCCGCCGGCGCUGCUGCAGCCGGAGAAGUCGGGUUGGAUCAGGAAGUUCUGUGGCCGCGGGAUCUUCAGGGAGCUGUGGAGGAGCCGCUACCUGGUCCUGAGAGGAGACACGCUCUACAUCUCAGACAAAGAGGUGAAGGACGAGAGGAAGGCGCAGGAGGUGUUGGACCUGGCUGACUAUGAGCGUUCGGAGGAGCUGAGGAAGGCGAAGAGUCGCAGUAAGAAGAACCACAGCCGCUUCACGCUGCUGCGCUGCCGCCGGCCGGGGGGCCACGCCGUCCCUAACCUCCUGUUCCUGGCUGUGAGUCCUGAGGAGAAGGAGUCCUGGGUCAACUCUCUGAACCUGGCCAUCAUCAAGGCCAAGAACCGCAUCCUAGACCAGGUGACCAUUGAGGAGGAAGGAGCUCUGGUUCAUCCCACCAGAGAUCGGGCAAGGAUCCCUCACAGCCGCCGGCUGCCGACCCGAGGACACCUGAUGGCCGUGGCGUCCACCUCCUCCCACGGGAUGCUGACCCUGGAUCUGGUUGCGGAGGAGGACGGUUUCUCUCCGGACUACGAUGCGGACUCCCGGGGGUCCUGGGAGGCUGACCUGCCUCGGGGGGGCUCCUGUGGACAGGUGGCGGCUGUGGGGUUUUCGGGGGUGGGCGUCCGGCAGCGAGCAGGGACCGACGUGUCGAAACUGAGAGUCGCUUCCAAGGAGCCCAAAGUGAAGACCAGCAGCCUGCCCAGGGGAAGCGAGCUCUCCUGGGGGAAGCAUACCCACCUGGAGCCCUCAAAGACCCCCAAGAGCCAGCAGGUCCUUCAGGCCCAGAGUCGGACGCCUCAGCCUGGGAAGAGGUUCAGCAUGCAGGGCCGCGGGCGCUGCGCCUCCAUGGAUGAAGUCCUCUCCUCCAGACCUGCGAUGAUUCGCUCAGAGUUUCGCUCGGCUCUCAAGCGCUGCCCGACGGAGGAGGGGUCAGGGGGGUCCGGGGCCUCGCUGCAGCCGGUGGGUCAGCUGCAGAGCCUCAUCGCUCAGAGGAUGCAGCGAGCGCAGGAGCUGCUGGAGGAGAUGAGGCUGCAGGAGCUGCAGAAAGCCAAGGCGGAGCGAGAGCGGGGGGGCAACUCCCCCUAUCUGAAGGGCAUCGACUCCCCCUGCCUGCAUCACCUCCGGGGCUCUGACUCUCCCCACUCCAGUAAAUCCUCGGGUUCUCCUCGCAGCAGGAGCAGCGACUCCCCUCGUCUCCGGGGGAGAGACUCUCCCCGUCUGAGGGGGAGGGAGUCUGCUCGGUCCAAAGCCAAGAAGAUCCGAUCCAAAGGGAUGGAUUCGCCUCGCUCCAGAGGGUCCAGCUCCCCCAGACCCAGCGACUCCCCCAGACCCAGCGACUCCCCCAGACCAAGCGACUCCCCCCGCCUCACCGUCUUAGAUGCAGCGGGUCUCAAACUGUCGUUGAGCUCCAACAGGGAGGAUGACCCCCCUGACUCCCCUCCCAGCCCCACGGGGUCUGACUCCCCCCAGGUUAGAGGGAGCCAGGAGUCACCCAGUGAGAUUCCGAGGAGCUUCCCCUCUUCCCCCCCGGAGAAGGACCUGGAGGUGGGCCGGCGGCGGGACGAAGCGGAGCGCCUGCUGGAGGAGGCCGUGUCGUCGUGGCAGGAGGCGCAGCAGAUCCUGCAGGAGGUGAAGGAGCUGCAGAGCCAGACGCUGCGGCGCCAGCGCAGGAAGACCUACGAGAAGGAGAGCAAGGCGGAGGAGGGGGGCGGGGACACGCCGGCCUCACCCACCUCCCCCGAGGACGAGGAGUCUGAGACGCCCUGAAGCUCCAGCUAAGGUCCUCCUCAGGUCCUCCUGUCCUCUGUCCAAUAAAAACUCUUUGAGGAUUUUCUAAUUUUUACACGGUUUCUUUGAUCCGACACACCGAACAGCUGACCGGCUGGGAGAUGUCAGAUAAAAUACAGCUCUCUGAUUGGCUGUUCAGAAAAGAGAACCAUCAACAAACUAAUGCCUCUUCAUUCCAGGUCUGAUCGUUAAACCCAUCAGGACGACAUGAAGAUGUAAGGCAAGGACAGGUGUGUGUCCUCACACUCUGGCUUCUCCCUGUGACGUCCGUCCCUCUGAAGUCUCUGCUCGGUGUGUGUGAGAAGCCCUAACCCCCUCCCAAGUCUUCUUCCAGCUUCUCAGAUAUUCAGGUUUUUGGGAAAAUAAGAAUCACAUUUUGUGGUUUGAGACGUUUCUCAGAGCAGAGUUCAGCGUUUAUUAAAUGUCUCCGCACUGAUUAUUGAUUAUUAUAUAUGUGAUGUCUUCCUGUCUCCGAGCUCACCAGCUGCAGGGUCAGGGACUUAACAGCCUGACCAGAGAUAAGCAAUAACCCCCCCCCGAGAGACCCCAGGUUUAAUAUGUGUGAAUAUUAAUAUAACGUUUACAGGAGGAACUCUUUAAAGCUGUAUUUUAUUAACCGUUCUGACACCAGCGAGGAUCCGCCCUGAGACCCUCUGAAUUUACUGUGAAUUGCAACGUUUACAAAAGAAGGAUUCAUAGCGUGAUUCAUAGCGUGUGAUUAAUGUUUCCUAACAUACCUGAUGAGGAGCUGCUGAGGCGUCUUCAUCAUGUGAAGACAGAGUCCCGCUCAGUACGAGGGGACAUUUUGGCAUAGAGGAGACGUGAGGAAGAGGAGUUAGGAAGAUAGGAGACCUUUGAGAGGAGACAGGAGUUAAUGUCCUUGCUGCUGCCCGCCGGCUCUGCCGCUGCAAGCUCUCAGAUGAAAGUACUGAUGCCGACUCCCUCCAUGACCUUAGCGUAAGAUUUAAAUCAUGACGCUCUUCAUGUGACAGAACUCUGCCAAAUAAUCUAAAAAACAUAUGAAUUAUUAGAGUCGGUACAGAUUAUUGAGGAACCCGUCUUAUUAUUAUUAACGGUAAACCACCAGUGAGUACGGUCAGUGAACUGGUUUACUGCCUCUGAUAAAAGCACUUUCUGAAGCUCAGACGGAUCCUUCCCGUCAGGAUCCUGGUUCUCUAAAGGCUCUCUGUGUUUGUGUAGAUGUGUUUCUUCUGCACAGUUCUUAAUCCCAGUCCCAGUGUUCCUGCACCAGAGACCAGAGGCUGAUUCUGUUGUUAACGUGAUGUGGGUCAACACGUGUUUAUCUAUUUCUCAUUCAUUAAGUGUUUUAUUUACUACAGAUUUAUAUGUUGAUGUUUUUGAAUGCUGUUUGAAUUACUGUACAACAAUGCACUGUGGGUAAAAGGAGCGUUCUGAAACAUUUAUAACGGUUCUCUUGUUGGAAUAAAAACACCUUUU